CAUCGCUAAGUUCGUGUGUUGGGUCCUUCUCGCCAACAAUGGAGUCCGAUUCCGUGGCCGUCAAUACACAAGAUUUCGGAAAAUUACAACACGGGUGCGAGCACUAUAAGAGACGAUGCAAGAUUCGAGCCCCUUGCUGCGAUCAAAUCUUUUCCUGUCGUCACUGUCACAACGAGGCCACGAGUUCGCUGAGCAAUCCCAAAGAGCAUCAUGAAAUUGUCAGGCAUGAUAUUAAGCAAGUUAUAUGCUCGAUCUGCAAUACUGAGCAACAGGUUGCUCAAGUUUGUUCUAAUUGUGGUGUUAAAAUGGGAGAAUAUUUUUGCGACAUUUGCAAGUUCUAUGAUGAUGAGACAGAAAAGAAGCAGUUUCAUUGCGACGAGUGUGGGAUUUGUAGAGUUGGUGGUCGUGAGAACUUCUUUCACUGUCAAAAGUGCGGUUCUUGCUAUACUGUGGGUCUACGCGAUAACCACCCAUGCAUAGAAAACUCAAUGAAGUGUUCUUGCCCUGUUUGUUAUGAGUAUCUGUUUGACUCGGUUAAAGGAGCUAUAAUUAUGAAGUGUGGACACACAAUGCACACAGAGUGCUACAGUGAGAUGGCAAAUCAACAUCAAUAUCGUUGUCCCAUUUGCUCCAAGACGGUGUUUGAUAUGUCUAACCAAUGGAGGUUGUUGGAUGCGGAGAUUGAAGCCAUGUCCAUGCCUGACGAAUACAAGUAUGAGGUUUCAAUCCUCUGCAAUGACUGCAACACAAAAAGCAAAGCCUCCUUUCACAUUUUAGGGCAUAAGUGCAACGAAUGUGGCUCAUACAACACUCGCAGGAUUUCAACCCCGAAUUGCGAAUGAGAUACUCAACUGAUGAAGACAAAGUCACUCAACAUUACAGGAAUUUUUUUGCCUUCAUAAAGCGAAGGGGAAGAAAAAAAAUUAAAAAUCAAAGCUUCCCAUUUCAUUCUUGCAUUGUUUCUCUCAUAACAUAUUCAUAUUGUUGGUUUAUACCAUAUGACAUGAAAUAAGAGACUUGGUGAGAUUAUUGUUCAAUCGAUGUGUUUGCUUUCUUAUCU